UCUUUCAAGAAUGCAUUACCAGCAAAGUGAAUCAUGGGCCACCUACAUGCCAACAGCAACAAGCUGCCAGCUUUUAGAGCGCAUAGAAAGGCUUGCUUCUGAGAAUGCGGUAGUGAUAUUCAGUGUGAGCAGCUGCUGCAUGUGCCAUGCCAUCAAGAGGCUCUUCUGUGGAAUGGGUGUGAACCCAACUGUGUAUGAGCUGGAUCAGGAGCCGUUUGGGAAAGACAUGGAAAAGGCAUUGAUGAGGCUGCUUGGUACUUCCUCUCCUGUCCCUGUGGUGUUUGUUGGAGGAAAACUGGUGGGUGCUAUGGAUAGAGUCAUGGCUUCUCAUAUCAAUGGCUCACUUGUCCCUCUUCUCAAGGAGGCUGGUGCCCUUUGGCUCUAA